UCCUGUAAUGGUCAUAUCCGAGAGGCUACCUGCUUGUUAUUAGCAGUUUGUUUUAAUAGGAGUUCGAUUUAUUGCCGAAGUUAAGUUUUUGGCGAUUAAUAUAGCCUACGAUUGUGUGAAUGGUGUGUAAUCCAAAUCUGUGAAGUUAACGAAUGUGUAAAAUGGCCAGGGGGCAGCAGAAACUUCAGUCACAAGCCAAAGCUGCAGAGAAACUGGCGAAACAGAAAAAGCAACAGGGUCAUAAUGCUAAUCUGCAGAAGAAAGCGGCACAAGCAGCCCUUGUCCAUGUUUGUUCAGUUUGUAAGUCAUGGUCUUCACUACGCUGCUGGGUAACGUCUUCCAACAAGAGACACUCCUCUGAGUCUGGGCACAUGUCCUUGCAGGCUGGCAUCUAUCUCACUACAAGACUUGCCAUUGCUAUACAACAGCUUACAACAGUGGGGGCUCCUACACCUCUACUAGGAAGCAACUGUCUGCAACGACCUCCAGCGCGUCUGUCUGCCAAGUGCUAACUGCAUACUACUCGACUCACUGGCUUUCGGCAGUUGGUUCGCCAGCACAGUUGUUCCUGGCUUCAGUCUCCUUGAGAUCCAUGACCAAGAUUUUUGUUCUCUGCUAGAUAUGUACAUGUUUAGAAACGGGGCCACCUCUUCAACAAUGGAGGGGUUGGUCUUUCUGUUUAGGCACUACAUUUGUUGCACCGUAGUUUCAGCAUGAGUAUAGCUGUGCUGUCAUGGCAUCCAGGUCUUUGAGAACUCUGUACACCCUUUGACUUACUGGCUUGUCCUGCUGGUCAUCAUGAUAUAGCCCUCGGAGGGACUCAAGGGAAGACACCGCUUCAAACAGUUCUUCUGUUGUUGCAUGACAUGGCUAUCCGCAUUGACUGAAAGAAAACAUCAUUCCCAGUGGUACUUCCAUUGGUUAUGUUGCGCUGUGUGAUGUGUUCUAUUGUUGUGUCGCCAUUUAUCAUGUCAUUGCCUAACAACUUGCUUCAGGUUUCAGCAAAUAUUCACAAUAUUUACACCAAAUUCGGACAUUAAUAUGAGCGGUGGUAGAUCACAGUGUAAUUUCUGGGUGACCAGGACCACAAAAUUUUUCAGUCCUUGAUAGUGCAUAAGGAUUGUGGAUAAUGAUUAGAUAUUUAUUCAUUCUUAGCCUAUUUUUCAUAUCUUGAAAAAAUAAAAUGAGGCUUAUGAGAUAG